AUGAAACCGAAACACUGGUGUGGGAUCACCGCCAAAACGGGCACCGUGUUAUCAGGGGUCUUUACCAUCAUAGCCACCAACAUGUACCUCACAUUUGAACAGAAGUACAUACGGAGCAGCAACUGCACUGAGAUUACCUGGAGGGCCAAGAGCAUGGAUGUGGCGGUAAGCGAGAUGAUGGCCUGUUGGAGUUUCAGCAUCGUCCUCUUGCUGUCUUGUGUCACCGUCAUCAUCAGCUGCUUGCUCCUGUACUCAGUAUAUGCCAAGAAGUACUGGGGCUUGGUGCUCUACAUCUUCUGGAUCCUCUUCUAUGAAGCUAUAAACGUCGCAGUGGAAGUCCUCACCAGCAGCAACACGGGCGUGCUAGAGGUCAGGGUCCUGCGCUGGUUUGGCUUGGUGUCCCGCGUAUUCAUGCACUGUUUCUGGAUCUUCUUUGUCAUGACUUAUGCCCAGGUCAUCUACAAAAGUAAUAGCCAGGGUAAUGUCAUCUUCUACAGCAGACGCAUUUCUACAAGCAGCGGAGACUCCCCGCGGCGGAAAUCAAAGAUCAUCAACUUUACCCGCCACUAGAGUGCCGAACAUCGGCCCUUUCCUCUCUUGAGGGGCAGGUCUCCCAGGUGCUCACGGUAGUUCUCUUUUCAUCUCUUCCCUUUUUCUGGUUUGUUCUGGAAGUGGAGACCCUCCCGCCACCCUCUCUGGGGAAUGUGAGGAGAAAUGUGGUUAGGGUCACUUCUGGAACGUCCUGCUCGUUGAGGAUGUUUAGUUAAAGGUCAUUGUUAUUUAUCGAGCACUGCUUGAACGGCUCCUUCUGGUCAGUACCACCUUCUUGGGCGACACGAA